AGCACAGUUCCAGGGAUGGAAGACUCUCAGCGUUCUCAUCUCUCCUCCUUCACCAUGAAGCUGAUGGACAAAUUCCACUCUCCCAAAAUCAAGAGAACACCAUCCAAGAAGGGAAAGCCAGCCGAGGUGUCGAAGACCCCUGAGAAGCCUGUGAGCAAAGAGGCAAGAGACAGAUUUCUACCAGAGGGCUACCCUAUCCCCUUGGAUCUGGAGCAGCAGGCAGUAGAAUUUAUGUCCACCAGUGCUGUGGCUUCCAGGUCUCAGAGGCAGAAGAACCUGUGCUGGCUGGAGGAGAAAGAGAAGGAGGUUGUCAGUGCCUUGCGCUACUUUAAGACCAUUGUGGACAAAAUGGCCAUUGAUAAGAAGGUCCUGGAGAUGCUCCCAGGGUCAGCCAGCAAGGUGCUGGAGGCCAUCUUACCCCUGGUGCAGACUGACCCUCGGAUCCAGCACAGCUCAGCCCUCUCCUCCUGCUAUAGCCGAGUGUACCAGAGCCUUGCCAACCUUAUCAGAUGGUCUGACCAGGUGAUGCUAGAGGGUGUGAACUCGGAAGAUAAGGAGAUGGUGACGACUGUGAAGGGCGUCAUCAAAGCUGUGCUGGAUGGAGUGAAGGAGCUAGUGAGGCUAACCAUUGAGAAGCAGGGGCGACCAUCACCUACAAGCCCAGUGAAGCCUAGUUCCCCAGCCAGCAAGCCUGACGGCCAGCCUGAGCUCCCUCUGACAGACCGAGAAAUGGAAAUCCUGAACAAGACAAGUGUGUCACCGUCCACUGAACGGGUCCCAGACUCCACCGGUGAUGAGGUUGCGCCCCCCAAGCCCCCCUUACCUGGCAUCCGGGUGGUUGAUAAUAGUCCACCAGCAUUACCACCCAAGAAAAGGCAGUCUGCUCCGUCGCCUACCCGGGUGGCUGUGGUGGCUCCCAUGAGUCGGGCUACCAGCGGCUCCAGUUUGCCUGUUGGAAUCAAUAGGCAGGACUUUGAUGUUGAAUGUUACUCCCAGAGGCGCCUGUCAGGAGGCAGCCGCUCCUGCGGUGGUGAGUCUCCUCGCCUGUCUCCCUGCAGCAGCACGGGCAAGCUCAGCCGGUCAGACGAGCAGCUGUCCUCCCUGGACAGAGAUAGCGGGCAGUGCUCACGGAACACAAGCUGUGAAACACUAGAUCACUAUGACCCCGACUAUGAAUUCCUCCAGCAAGACCUGUCCAAUGCAGACCAGACCCCUCCACAGGCAGCCUGUAGCCUCAGCCCACUGCCGGAGUCCCUGGGGGAAUCUGGGCCUCCAUUUCUUGGCCACCCUUUCCAGCUGCCUCUGGGCGGCUGUCCCCAACAGGAGGGACAGCAGACAGACACUCCACCUGCCCUUCCUGAGAAGAAGCGUAGGAGCGCAGUCUCCCAGACCACGGACAGCUCUGGCUGCAGGGUGUCCUAUGAGCGACACCCCUCACAAUACGACAACAUCUCAGAGGGUGACCUGCAGAACCCAGUCCAGCCUGUGCCCUACCCGCCCUUUGCUGCUAUCCUGCCCUUUCAGCAGGGAGCUUCUUCCACCCCUGCUGAGUUUGUGGGUGAUUUCAGUGUUCCUGAGUCAGCGAGUGACCCAGAGAAGCCACCUCCUCUACCAGAGAAGAAAAACAAACACAUGCUGGCCUACAUGCAGCUGCUGGAGGACUACUCAGAGCCCCAGCCCUCCAUGUUCUACCAGACACCGCAGAGUGAGCACAUCUACCAGCAGAAGAACAGGAUGCUCAUGGAGGUCUACGGCUUCAGCGACUCCUUCUGCGGCAGUGACUCCAUGCAGGAGCCGGCCCCUCCACCCGCUCUGCCCCCCAAGCAGCGGCAGCUGGCCUCCUAUGCUGCUUCUUCCUUCUCUGUCUCCUACUGUGUCCAGCAAACUAAAGUGGCCUUCACUCCCGAGGACGGCAGUGCCGCUCAGGGCCUCAGUGUAUCCGUGUCUAACUCCUUUCUCAACCGGCACGGCAGCUUGCCUGUGCCCUCGUACAAAUCUGUGUUUAGGUCUUACUCCCAGGACUUCAUGCCUCACCACCAAGCCUCCGUCCAACCUUUCCUUCCGCCUACCUCCUCUUCCUCUCCACAUUUUCCCCCUGUCCACGCGUCGCAGAGCUCGGACUUAGCGGUGCCCACCGUAAGCAGUCCGCCUCCCAGCACCGUGGACGGGCCUCUCUCGUCUGCUCAGGACAGCAGCUCUCACGGGAACCCUGUCCGCCUUCCUUCUGAAACCUCUUUCAGUGACUCGGAACUGCCGUCUGGAAAGGAUGGACAUCUCAGAGAUCCUUCAGUCGGCAGUGCAUCUGGGAGGGACAGCAGAGGAAACGGGGAGAGGUCCCCAAAGUCACUGGAUGGUCUGGAGUCAGCCCAGGCAGAAGAGGAAGUGGAUGAACUGUCUCUCAUUGACCACAAUGAAAUUAUGGCCAGGCUAACACUCAAGCAAGAGGGUGAUGAUGGGCCAGAUGUUCGUGGAGGUUCAGGAAACAUCUUACUGGUCCAUGCUACUGAGACAGACAGAAAAGACCUGGUGCUGUACUGUGAAGCCUUCCUGACCACCUACAGGACCUUCAUCAGCCCUGAGGAGCUCAUCAAGAAGCUGCAGUACCGAUACGAGAAGUUCUCUCCCUUUGCUGACACAUUCAAGAAGCGAGUGAGCAAGAACACAUUCUUUGUGCUGGUGCGAGUGGUGGAUGAGCUCUGCCUGGUGGAGCUGACUGAGGAGAUCCUGAAGCUGCUGAUGGAGCUAGUCUUCCGCCUAGUGUGCAGCGGAGAGCUCAGCCUGGCCAGAGUACUCCGGAAGAACAUUCUGGACAAAGUGGACCAGAAGAAGCUGCUCAGGUGUGCCCAUUCCGACCAGCCUCUGGCAGCCAGGGGUGUUGCAGCCAGGCCAGGAACCUUGCAUGAUUUCCACAGCCACGAGAUAGCCGAGCAGCUGACACUGCUGGAUGCUGAGCUUUUCUAUAAGAUAGAGAUUCCUGAAGUUUUGCUUUGGGCCAAAGAGCAGAAUGAAGAGAAGAGCCCCAAUCUGACCCAGUUCACAGAGCACUUCAACAACAUGUCCUACUGGGUCCGGUCCAUCAUCAUGCUGCAGGAGAAGGCGCAGGACCGGGAGAGGCUGCUUCUGAAGUUCAUCAAGAUCAUGAAGCACCUGCGCAAGCUCAACAAUUUUAACUCCUACCUGGCCAUCCUCUCAGCACUAGACUCGGCCCCUAUCCGCAGACUGGAGUGGCAGCGGCAGACCUCAGAGGGCCUGGCUGAGUACUGCACACUGAUUGACAGCUCGUCUUCCUUCCGAGCCUACCGGGCUGCCCUCUCAGAGGUGGAGCCCCCAUGUAUCCCGUACCUAGGUCUGAUCCUGCAAGACCUGACCUUCGUUCACCUAGGAAACCCAGAUUAUAUUGACGGGAAAGUAAACUUCUCCAAGCGGUGGCAACAAUUCAACAUCCUGGACAGCAUGCGGUGCUUCCAGCAGGCGCACUAUGAAAUCAGGAGAAACGACGACAUCAUAAACUUCUUCAAUGACUUCAGCGACCACCUGGCCGAGGAAGCCCUGUGGGAACUCUCUCUGAAGAUCAAGCCUAGGAACAUAACAAGGCGGAAAACAGACCGCGAAGAGAAGACCUAGGAGCAGGCUGCCUGUGAGAAUGCCCAAGCAGCCAGGAGAGGACCUGGACCGUCCCAGCCUCAGAGCCUGUCCACAGCCUGGCUGUGUGGCAGCGCCCGAGUCUGCUGGCCGGUUUCCUGCCUCCUUCCCUAUGGCUAAAGCCCCAGGGUUCACAGUGAGCUGGCUGGCAGGCCUCAGGACUGGCAUGUGUACUGGUGGCCCCCGGUCUGGUUUUGUUUUCUGUCUUCUGUCAAUGCUCCCUCCUGCUCCCUACUGUUCCCUCCAACUGGGGAGCAGAAGAAUCCUGAGCAGUAGACCAGGCGAAGGCGGGCUUCCAAGGCUCCCUGGCCUUCUUAAGUGACAGAUAAGGAGAGGUCCCAGGACCCUUGGGUAGACUGCCCUCCAGGGUACCUGGAGAUAGCCAGGGAAGACAUGGCCCAGAGACAGAAGAAGGUGGAAAAGGGCCAGUGCAGGCGUCUUUGGCUGUCCAUUUUCUGCUUUUCAGACAUGGAGGCUGAGGCAUGUCGACCUGGCCCAGAAGGUGUGAGGGUGACAGGCAAGAGCCACAGAGCUGACACUUCUCACAGCACUGGUCCAGCCCCAGCCCCAGCCCACAUCACCAGUCCUCUGGGGAUCAGGAAAGGAGGCAAAAGGGAGAGUUCAUGCUGAGCUGGGGCCAAGGCUGUGCUUGCGAAUGGCUCAGAGAGUGAAGAUAUUUAGUGACCUAGGGAGAGGCAAGCAGCCCUCCAUGCUUGCCGUGUGCCUUAAAUGCCAUCUCCUGUCCCUUCAGACCUACAGGCUUCCCUCCUCCUUUGCCCUACCCCUGGCCACCAGCAGGUUCCUAGUCCUUUUUGCUCCCUGGGAAUGUCUAUUGUUCCCAAGAAGGCUAAGGAGGCCUAGGAUGUGAGGGCUUCCAGAGGCUUCCUGAUUCCAGGCAGGUGGCAGAGCCACACCCCUACUGCUGAGGUUGACAAUCUGUUCAGGGCUCAGGGCUAGAAUCUCCCUGGCCAUAGUUCCGUGGCCACCACUGUGGGCUAAUCAGCAGGGUGCAGGUCAGAAUCCAGAGGUGCUGCUGGCCCUGCACCAUACCUCCAGUUCAGUUUUGCAUGGACAAGCAGCCUUUCCUUCUGGUCAAACGGAUACCAGGUUCUGGAUACCAGGUUCUCUGCUUCCUCAGCUGCCGUCAGAACAGAAGAAAGGACAGUGGCAGCUGCUGUCACUCUGAGCCCUCCUGGGUUGUUUUUUUUUUUUUUAGCAGCUUUUAUCAAAUAAGAACUACGGGCCCCUCUUCUGUUUACUUGUGCUGUAAAUAGAGAGGGGACAUCUGUAAACAACCCUUUGGCCAGUGCCCACUGGCAGCAGCCGGUACUGGAUUCUUUAAGGAGCGUGGGUGGAGUCAGGCUUGUGAGCAACCGUGUGGGUCUUUGGUUUGUUCCUCUCUUACAGGUCCUUUCAUUUCAGUCUUUGCUCCCAGUCCCUGUCCUUCACCAGCUCCAAGUGCUACUGUGUACAAUUGGGGAACACUGCACACGGGGUCCUUCCUCCCUAUGCUUUACAGGCCCCUGCAGCCUCCCUCUGUAGCACAGGCCGACCUGAGUCCUAGCCUACUGGUGCUGCAGCCAGCAGAGCAGGUCUGUGGUCUGUGUCUACUGGUUCCCAAGCCUGAGCUGGGCAGAAACGAGAGCUCACCUUCCAGACCCAGAAAAGCCAGGCCCUCCUAUGAUCCUGAGAGCCUUAGGCAGACUAGGCCAAGGGCCAGGCCAGCUCUGGAGUUUCCGUGUGGGUUUGUUGAGGUGCAAUGUAUGGGUUUAACUUAUUAGCCAGCAGGUUUCCCCAAUCACCUGCCUCUGGCUGCAGCUGAGCCCAGUGUUCACGCAGCCCAGCUUCCACAUGUCUGUUUCUUAGGGGUGGGGCCUGGGAGAGCUGGUAAGAUUGGUCUUUGUAGACAUACUAAGCAGUAUGGACAGUUUGGUUCCCAGCAGAGGCCAGCCAUUACCUGUGGGUAUGGUCUGACCAAGGCUAGGGCAAGCAAACACCACAUCUGGCUGAUCCUUAAGCCGAGAUGCCUGCUCCAUGCCUCCCAGUGUGGCACUGUAAUAUAAACCCCCCCCCCCCACUAACCUGUCUGACAGUGCAUCUUCCUACAGACAGAACAAGUGCGCAACUUUUAUAUGAAAGAAAAAUAAACAGACAAAAGCCCAUCUGAUGCCA